GGCACUACACACUAGACGAUACACGCUCUUCUUCUGCUUCUUCUCCCACCACUCCUCCCUCUUCACUCGCGACAUCGCGUCUCGUAUUGGUACCUUUCGUUCUUCAUUUUCCAUACCUGAGACAUUUCCAAUUGCGUCGAGAGAGACUAAAUUUGGGCCGUUUCUAUAUUAAGGAGGGGAAAAUAUCGUUCCCAUUCCAGUUGCCUAUAUAAUUCCGCGAAGGUGGUCACCGACUCACCGUAAUACGAGUGCUAGAUCGCUCGCUUCACGAGCUCCGCGGCCGUGGGGAGGUUGACCAGGACACCUUCCUUCCGGAUCCUGAAAUAAGGCCACCGUCCGUUCGUUUCCCUUCCCCUCCCUUCCCUUCUUCCUCUCCCUUGCAUUUAGCUUCUCAUCGUGGUGGAGCCGCGGGCCAUUUCCCAACCAGGCGUCGACGUUCCGGUGUCCGCCGGGCGCUCGCGCGCGUCAGGGCUGCGUGUCUAGCUCAUGGGCAUUCAGGUCGCUUCCCCCUCCUCCCCGGCGUCGCCUUCGUCCUCUGCCAUCGCGACGUCGUCAUCAAGGCCGGCCGUUCUCGGCGGCGCCUGCAUGAGGCUGUCGAGAGCCCAGUCGUCGCCAUCGUCGUUGGCUAGCUGGAGCGCCGGCCUCGCCCGCCGGCGCGGCGGGCAGCAGAUGGUGAGGCGCGCCCUCAGCGCCAGCAUCGACAGCAUCGGCAGCCACGGCGGGGGUGACGACGAGGAGUUCUUGAAGAGGAUCCAGGAGCUCGCCGUCGGGCUGCACCCGGGCGCCGGAGGCUGCGGGUGGCCGGCGAGCGUGGAGCGGAGCGCGAGCAGCGUCGGGCUGCCGCUGUCGCUGCGGAUGCUCAAGCGCAAGAAGCAGCAGCGGCAGCAGCAGGAAGUACAGCGGGGCCGCGGGUGCGACGAGCGUGGGCUGAUGGUGGGCCGCGCAGGCGGGUCCGGGCGCGGGGCGGUGGGCCGGGCCUUCUCGUCGAUGGUGCUCAUCAUCCGGGAGCUCCAGAGCUUCGCGCUGCAGAUGCGGCAGGCGCUCUUCUACGAGGACCUGCAGAGCGUGCUGGCGCGCGUCCACGCCGAGAUGGACGCCUCCUUCGUCUGGCUCUUCCAGCACAUCUUCUCCGGCACACCGGCGCUCAUGGUCUCCGUCAUGCUCCUCCUCGCCAACUUCACCGUCUACUCCAUGGGCGACAACAUCGCCAUGGCUGCCAACCUCCCGCCUCCCCAGCCCACCGUGGCGGCUGUCGCCAUGAUCGACUACACGACCCAGCAGCACGGGGAGCAGCACCUGUACCCUUCCGAUGAUCAGCUCUUCGUCGACACCGGCUCGCUCAACAACAAGUUCUCCAUUGGCCGGACGGCCUCGGUGGGCGGGAACAGUGGCGGCGGGGGCAAGGUGCGGCCGUUCGCCGGGGGCGCCGGGGACGACCGGUCGGACGAGUCCAUGUACCGGCAAAGCGGAGCGGUGCUGCCUCAGGACGCGUCAGAGGCGGCGGCGCCGCCGGUGGGGACCGGCGCGGAGGAGGCCGUGUCCGACGCGAUGGCCGCGGAGGAGAAGUCGGAGGACGAGCUCGUCGUAUGGAAAAGGAUUGCCGACGAAGCUAGAAGGAUGCAGGCCAGCGUGCGCGUGGAGGCGUUGAUGGACCCGGACAUCCUGGGGCAGCUCGUGGCGCCCGUGGAGGCCAAGCUGGACACGGAGGACUUUGCCGGCUACGCGAGGACGGAGCAGAGAUACGAGCAGGCCGUGUCCGAGGAGCCCAACAACUCGCUGCUGCUCGCCAACUUCGCGCAGUUCCUGUACCUGGUGCAGCGCGAUCACGACCGGGCGGAGCACUACUUCAAGCGGGCGGUGGGGGCGGCGGAGCCGGCGGACGCGGAGGCGCUGGGGUGGUACGCGACGUUCCUGUGGAAGGCGCGCAGCGACCUGGCGGGCGCGGAGGAGACGUACCAGGAGGCGAUCGCCGCCGACCCCGGCAACGGGCACCACGCGGCGGCCUACGCGCACUUCCUGUGGAACACGGGCGGUGAGGACACAUGCUACCCCCUCGACUGAUGCGUGCGCCACGGCGCUCAGGCUGAGAUCCCAACACACGCUCACCCCCCGUCGUCGAUACUACGUCCUAGAAAAAACCCAAGAAAGAUAGAGAAAGAGAGGAUUUUUCCGUUUCUUUUUUUGACUCCACUCCGUGAAGAAAGUCCACGCACCUCCCCGCAUGUGCUUGGCCAGCCAUGAAGGAAUCAAUAGUACAGUACCUAUGCUUACAACUGCAGCUGAUAUACUACAUACACACUUACACGGUAUAGAGUUGAUCUUUCGUUUUA